GAUACCUUGAUGGAAGCCUCUUGAGCAUAAACACAAACACUUAGAAGAAGCAAAAGGAAAUCUGUAAGAGAAAAUGGAAGAUGUGAUAACAGAAGCAGCAGGACCUUCAAGGUUCUUGGAAGAAGACCUAAACAUCUUCACAACUCCAUCGCCACCCCUUCCUUUACCUUUCCUCAUCUUCCCCUAUACCCAACAACCCCAACCCCUCAAACCCUCCCUCCUCAUCGUCGCCCUCUCCCCUUCCUCUGUCGCCCUCUUCCACCGCCUCCGCACCGUCUCUCCCGCCGCCUCACUCCUCCUCCCUGAACUCUCCCUCUCUCUCCCCGAUCAUGCCGCCCAAAUUCUCCCCCUUUCCCCCUCCGCCCUCCUCGCCGCCAUCCCGUUCCCGGUCCCCGCUUCCCGCGCCUACGCCGUCGCCAAGGCCCUCCUCGACGGCCGCAUCCGCCCCGACUCCGUCCUCAUCCUUGACUCCCUCGAGUCGCGCAACUUCCGCGGCAAGCUAUCCUCCGAUGAGGCCGUGGCGUUUAAGCUGGACACCGCCGCUGAGAGAAAGAGAAGCGGCGGAGAGAAGCUCCUGCCGGAUUUGGAGUAUUAUCCUUCCGGAAGCGUUGUUGACGGGCUGGGCGCUGCCAUUCUCGCACGGUGCCAGGUGACGAACGUGAGAGCGAGCCUGUGUGUUUCGUGGCCUCAGUUCGACGCCUCUGUGGUGUCGUUGAUUAAAGGUUUACUUCAGCGCCGCGUGUUGCAGGGAUUUGAUUUUGAUUUGAGUGAUGAAGACGUUUUUAAAUUUGGCUUUCUUGGUGCCACCAGAUUGCAUGCAAGUGACCCUCCUCUGACACUGGAUUACUAUGCAUCAACUUGCCCCACUGUGUUUGAUAUUGUCAGGAAGGAAAUGGAAUGUGCAGUUCUUUCUGAUCCCCGCAAUGCAGCAAAGAUAGUCCGGCUACACUUCCAUGACUGCUUUGUUCAGGUUUCUCACAUCUUCCUAUCACUUAGCCAUAUCUGUACAAGUCUCACACUUAAAGGUGAGAAAAAGGCAGCUAACAACAUCAACUCUUUGAAAGGCUCGGCAAUCGUUGAUAGAAUAAAAAACAUGGUUGAAUCAGAGUGCCCUGGAGUUGUUUCUUGCGCUGAUAUUCUCACAAUUGCAGCCAGAGAUGCUGUGAUUCUGGUAGGGGGGCCAUACUGGGAUGUUCCUGUGGGAAGGAAGGAUUCUGUCACUGCAAAUUUUGAUCUUGCCAACACCAAUCUUCCCACUCCAGAGGAGACCCUUCUCUCUAUCAUUGCCAAGUUUCUUUACCAAGGUCUAUCGGUGACUGAUAUGGUAGCCCUUGCAGGAGCCCACACCAUUGGCAUGGCACAGUGUAAGAAUUUCAGGUCAAGAAUUUAUGGAGGCUUUGACACAACACCAUUGAAAAAUCCAAUUUCUGAGAGUCACCUCAGCAACCUGAGAUCUGUUUGUCCAGCUGUUGGGGGAGGAGACAACAACAUAACUGCGAUGGACUAUUUGACACCUAAUCUGUUUGAUAAUUCUUUCUACCAGUUACUGCUAAAUGGGGAGGGAGUUCUCAACUCAGACCAAGAAAUGUACUCAAGUUUGUUUGGUAUUGAAACUAGAGAGCUUGUGAAGAAGUAUGCAGCAGAUCCUCUGGCUUUCUUCCAACAGUUCUCAGAGUCAAUGGUGAAAAUGGGAAAUAUAACAAACUCGGAAAGCUUCAUCACUGGAGAAGUUAGGAAGAACUGCAGAUUUGUGAACACAUAGACUUCAUUUUUCUGUUAUAUAUGCGUUUUUGUUUGCUUCAACACACAGAACCACCAAAUUUAUGUGUCAAAUUGAUAAUUCUAAACCAAGCUAGCAAUUAUAUAAUGAACAAAUUAAGUGAUAA